AUGUCCAGACUCACCACAAGACAGCUUCACACUACCUGCAUACGCUCAUCACAUAUCGGUUCAACAUCCAUACCCAUCCCAAAACCCGUACAACUCCGCUUCCCCUUUGACCUCCCCGCAACCUCCACUUCCACAGGUCUCACCAGGACCCUCUCCGUUACCGGCCCACUCGGCCAACAAUCCCUCUCUAUACCCCAUCCCGUCGUCCUCGACAAUCAACAGGGCGAGCUCUCAGUCAGCGUCCUUGAUGUCGAGGACCGGAAACAGCGCAGUCUUUGGGGAUUGACGCGUACCCUCAUCAAUAACGCCGUCGUUGGCGUAUCGACGGGUUACAAGCUGGAGCUGCGGCUCGUCGGCGUCGGGUACCGAGCAGCGGUGGAGCCCAUACCCGAGGCGCUCAUUGCGCUCCAAAAGCAAAUACCUCGCGCGGUCAAACCCGGUCAAGCCAUACUCCCCACUCCCUCCCAACGCAUCAACCUCAAACUCGGAUACGCUCAUCCCGUCUAUGUCGAUAUCCCUGAAGACAUCCAGGUCUCCACCCCUGCUCCCACUUCGGUCAUCCUCUCCGGCACCGACAAGCAGAGGCUAGGCUUGUUUGCUGCCAAGAUUAGAAGAUGGCGCAAGCCAGAACCAUACAGAGGCAAGGGAAUCUUUGUAGGCGACGAGACAAUCAAGCUGAAGGAGGUAAAGAAGAAGUAG